AUGCUCCCACUGGCCAAGAUCGCGUCCACCAUCCUCGGGCUCGUCAUCUUGUUCGCCUUGGUGUAUGUGGGCACGCAGAUGGCCAAGAAGAAGGGCCAGUCCAAGAUCUAUGUCACAAUGAACAACAAGGUGCCGGUGUGCGACAUGGCGGAUUGCGAUGUCAUCCCAAGUUUGCACAAAUCAUCACCAAAGGGAUGCAAAACACAAUGCAAAGAGGCCAACAAAUGCAAGGCCUACAUGUUUCACACGAGGAACGCCAAUUCCCCAUCGCCCAACUGCUGGAUCAAGACCGCCAAGGGCAAGAUGCGGCUUGUAGACCAACCGGGCAUGAAUACUUUGCUGGUGGUCGUUGAGGCAUAA